ACAAUCCAGGUGGUUCUGAUCUCUGACGGUGACUUGACGUUUUCCUUAAUGAACUAUGGUUACAUUUCACCAACACAACAAAAAUGGGGGAUUGGAUAUACAAAUCAUGGUUACUCUUGGACUUCUCUAAACUACUGUUUUCCCAAUGGCACUAUUGACGUGGUGAACUUGAACACAUCCAGCAACAUCAAUGGUCCAGGACGAUGGGUCAUUCCAGCCUCAUCAGAGUUCAGCUUCAGCUGUUCGUAUCCUCAGGCCCAACUAGAACCUACUGCCACGUCUCUGCCCCAGGGAGUGACAACCACCAACUCAUACGCUUCGCGAGCUGAUACUCCACCAGCCACCACCAACUCACUCACUUCACCUGCUGGCUAUCAAACAUCCACCACCAAGGCAUUAACUACACCUCUCCAUUCUACAGCAAUCACCCCCAACUCUGUCACUACACCAGGUGACUCUCCAACCACCCCCAACUCACUCACUUUAACUGAUCUUUCUACAGUGACAACCACCAACUCACUCAUUCUCAUUUCACCAACUGACUCUCCACCAGCCACCACCAACUCCAUCACUUCACCAGCCCUUUCAACAUCAUCCACCACCAAUCCUGUCACUUCACCUGCUGAGUCUCCAACCACCAACCCCAUCGCUUCACCUGGCCAUUCUACAACAACCACAAACCCCAUCACCACACCUGCCCUUACAGCAGCCACUACCAACCCUAUCACUUCAGUUGCUGAGUCUCCAAGCACCACCACCUCCAUUACUUCACCUGCCAUUACAGCAGCCACUACCAACCCUAUCACUUCAGUUGCUGAGUCUCCACCCACCUCCAUUACUUCACCUGCCAUUACAGCGACCACUACCAACCCUAUCACUUCAGUUGCUGAGUCUCCAAGCACCACUGACUCAGUCACUACACAUGCCCUUCCCACGGAAUCCACAACAACUUAUAUUGUGACUGCCUCAUCUGGGACAACAGAUCAAUCGAGUUCUUCAACAGACAGUGUUGUGGGAUUGCUUCUGAAGGCAUCAGCUCUGGGGCUGAAUGCAACCGCAGUGCAAGAGGAAAUGCUUAAACGGCUUGAGGCCGCGCUGACAGCAAGAGGGCUACAGGCGUCUGGUCUACAGGUCACUGCUGUGGUCAGGAGGCCAGGAGAGACAUGA